AUGGUAAGCGAUAAAAAAUUCUUACAUCCGGCUUUCGCCGUUUCUAACAUCAAAGUUUUGAUCCCUAUUAAUCUAGAUAUCAAACAGGACGAAUAUUCUUCAUGGAUUUUCCUGUUUCAACUUCAUCUUCAAGCACACAUCCUACUUUUUCUUAUUGAUGAUUCCACUCCACCACCAGACCUUGACGCUGCCACCAUACUACAACUUGAUCCCCUCUGUCGUCAAUGGAUGUUCUCCACCAUGGCCAAAGAUUUGAUGCUUACCGUUCUCAAAACUGGAAAAACUGCUAAAGAGUUAUGGAAUCAUCUUAAACGCCUCUUCCAAGACAACAAAGGAAGCCGUGCCGCCAAUCUCGAAAGUAAGUUCGUAAAUCUAAAGUUUGUUGAUUGUAACAAUGUUGAUGAUUAUUGUGAUAAACUACAUGCACUUUCAAAUCGGUUAAGUGACCUCGAUUUUCCAAUGGAUGAAAAACGAUUGGUUAUUCAACUUGUUAAUGGACUUCCGGAGGAAUACAACACUGUUGCCUCCUUCAUUCAACAAUCGAUGCCCUCUUUUGACACUGCUCGAUCUCAACUACGUACUGAGGAGAUCCGACGUGAAAAUCUAUACAGUUCCGACUCCCACACUUCCCUUGCAGCCGCCAACAGCCGCCGUCCUCCGCCUCCUUCAUCUGUUUCUUCACGAUCGUCAGCUCCUGAACAUCACAGAAUUUCGAUGGGUCCUGAAUACAACAGAAUUUCGCUGGGCCGGGAAGAGCCUCUCCUUCCAACUCCAUCAGGCCCAUGA